AUGCGCCUUUGGGUCUCCAGCGGCUGUGUGGGGCAGCUGCGACGCUCGCUGCAGCGCCUGGUAGCAGCAAAGUUUAUUCGUGCAAUAGAACCUCCUGCUGCUGCUGCUGCUGCUCCUGCUGCUGCUGGUGCUGCUGCUGCUGCUGCUGCUCCUGCUCAGCCGGUGGCGGCGACGGGUGCGGGUGAGGCUGCGCAGGGGACUGCUGCUGCUGCUGCUCCUGCAUCUGCUGCAGCACCAAACGCAGCAGCAGCAGCAGCAGGAACAGCAGCAGCAGCAGCGCCCAAUGCAUCCCGCGGCGCGCAGCAGCAACAGCAGCAACAGCAGCAGCAGCGGCACUCUACGGGCAACAGCAACAGCAGCAGCAGCAGCAGCCACAAACAGCAGCAGCAGCAGCAGCACCAGCACCAGAAGUCGAAGCAGCAGCAGCAGCAGCAGCAGCAUCGGGUGACGCAGUAUGCACUCAACCCUGCGUUUCAGAAGACCUUGCUGCAGGUGCUGCUAGAGGGGCCCCCGCGCUCUCCUCUACCUUUUAUUUUGCUGCCUCCUAAGACGAGCUUCCCGUCUAAAGAGCUGCUGCUGCAGCACAGCCGCAUGCAGUGGGAUCGUCUCCUCCAGCGGAUCCUGGGGGCCCAGCGAGGAAGCAGCGAAGCAGAUAAUGCUGCAGCACCCCACUCCCCAGACCUCAUCGAAGUGCUUCGCCGCAAACGUCUGCUGUGUCAAGGGGGUUCUUCUGCUCCUUUCUUACAGCAGCAGCAGCAGCAGCAGCAGCUGUCUGUAUAUGCUGGCGCAGCUGGGUCUACUGCUGCUCCCAGCAGCAGCAGCAGCAGCAGCACAGAGUGUGUGAUGGCUAAAGAAGCUUUCUCCUGGUUGUUAAAAGAUUUAAAGGCGCAGCUCUGCUCUCUUUUAAGCGAAUUUUUAUUCAUUGUAGAUGGAGGGGUGCUGAGUAAUGCAGCGUACGAAGCAGCAAUACGCAGCAACAGCAGCAGCAGCAGCAGCAGCAGCAGGAACACGGGAAAGGGAAGCAAGAGGCCCCACAGCAGCAGCAGCAGCAGCAGCAGCAGACCGGUAGCAGACGAGGAGGAAGCAGAUAUAGACAAUCCUCAGGAAGCCUCAGCCACAUUAAUUGAGAAGAAGCAGCAGGAGAUGCAGGAGACUCUGCUGCUGCUGACAGCAAUAGCGGAAGCCCCUGUGGGGCAGCCGUUCUCUGCUGCGCACAUGACAGAGCCUCAGCUGCGUUUGCUGCACUUGUGUUUAGAUCUGGGGAUCGUGUGGGGCCCCCCAGGGCUGCGGCUGCGAAGGGGGGGAGGGGCCUCUCACCACCCCACAUCCGGGAAGAGUCGCGGGAAACGCUCGGGAUCGGGAUCGGGAUCGGGGAGCGGAUCCCAGUUUGUGUUUGCCGCCCCACACGCCUUGCUUAUAAGGAGUACUUCGCAGGCCUCUCAAGAUACCUCGGGCCAGCAGCAGAGGGGAACGAAAGCAAACUCAUUAAUCAGCAGCAGCAGCACCACAUCAUACACAAAGGAGACAGCAGCAAAAGCAGAUGCAUCUUCUCUUACUGCAGGCCCUUAUCACCCUUGGCUCCAGGCUGACGACAACGUCUGUGGGGAUCGUUCGGGAUCGGGAUCGGGAUCGGGUUUGUUAUCUCAUGUGCAUGCAUUUGGAGCUGUGGGGUCUCAGCCUGCUAUAUUGGUCGAGACGAAUUUUCGAGUGUAUAUGUACACUGCAUCGCCGCUUCAUGUCUCUGUGUUGUCACACUUAUGCGAGCUUGCAGUCCGUCUCCCGAACUUAGUUGUGGGGGUUUUAUCUAGAGCUUCAGUGUUAGGUGCAUUUAAAGUAGGCAUUACAGCUGAGCAGAUAAUAGGUUUCUUAGAGGCGUACAUACACCCUAUAGCUCGAGAACGAGCUGUGCGUUAUAAUAAACCUCUUAUCCCUGAGAAUGUUGAAAUACAGUUGAGGAUGUGGGAGCAAGAAAGAAGAAGGCUGUCUCUUAAACCUGCAGUUGUGUUUAAAGGCUGGGAUGAAGCUCUAUUACCCGAUCUAUUUCAACGCAGUGUACGCUGGGCUGUCUCAAAGGCAUGCGCUCUUUAUUAUACUAUGUGGCCUCAAGAUCAAGAUAGCCCUGAGUAUCACCAGUGGAUUCAAAGAGAAAAAUAUUUAGUUAUUCAUGAAGACGCUAAACCAGAGAUGGUAAUGAGGAUUAGAGAGCUUAGAGAAGAAUUACUUGCUUUAAGGGCGGGUGCUGAGCAUCAAUAA